AUCAGCUUAGUUCUAGGCAUGUGAAAUGUGUAAGUAAACGACUUGGCGCAGGCUCCUCUCACUCGUCUUACCCCGCAGAGAAUGAAAGGAGGUAGCUGUAAAAGUGAAUGAAGCGCAGAUCGUCUCUUGGCUCGCUACUGUUAAGGAGCUGAAAAACAGCUAGCGGCUUGAGAUCACCAGGAACUUUCGGGAAUAACGAGAGCUGCACGGAUUUUCUACCCAAACGAAUCAUUUCUGCGCGCUGCGGUGGGAGGACACUUCCAAAUUGUAAUGCUGAAAUAUGAGAGAACGGAACCGGGGCGGGUGAAAGCGGCACAUGGGAGAGGACUGACCGUGUACUCCAGGAUCUAAAAGAAGAAGAAGAAGAAGAAAAUACACGAUCUACUUGGAUUUGGAGAGGAGAGAUGAUAAGUUGACGUUUGGUCCCGGACGAAGUUCUUGCACACCUAUCGCUCCGGCAAACCUCAAUGGAGACAGAUAGACCGAGAGAGCUGUAGAUAAACGAGACUGUUGCAUUUCAUUGAAUUUUUCAGCAACAGCGUGUACCUCAUUCAGAGAGAGGGAGAGCUGAUAUCCUGGAAUAUCUCGACUACUGACGCCAAAAUGUUGCGGUUGUCUCUGACAGCUUUGAUUCUUUCCUGGACUUUGUUAAUGUGCAGCGUGAGCAGAAGUUGUGCACAAGAAAGGCAGGGCUACUUGGUCGCCGCGCCCUCAGUGUUUCGAGCGGGCGUCGAGGAGAGCGUGAGCGUGACCAUCUUCAGCCCGAAAGCAGACACCCGUGUCCAGGUGCAGCUGUCGGUGAAGGGACAGACAGUUGCCCACAGCCACGGCUCGGUGCUCGACAAAGGCACCAUCAAAUUAAAGGUCCCAUCGGGGCUAAGAGGCCAGGCCCAUCUGAAGGUCUGGGGGAACCGUCACCUCACAGAAGGGGGUUACAUUUUCCACAACUACACCACCGUCACAGUGGAGAGCAAGGGCACCGCCGUCUUCAUCCAGACUGACAAGCCCAUCUACAAACCCAAACAUAAAGUGCUCAUCAACGUUUACACAGUCACCCCCGACAUGAGGCCAGUGAAUGAAAAGAUAGAGGCGUAUGUUUUGGACCCAAGAGGAUCCAGGAUGGUCCAGUGGAAAGGGCUUAAAUCCAUCUGCUGUGGGGUAGUGAACAUGAGUUUCCCUCUGUCUGACCAGCCUGUAUUUGGAGAAUGGUUUAUCUUUGUGGAGGUGCAGGGCCACACCUAUAACAAGUCGUUUGAAGUGCAGAAAUAUGUGAUGCCCAAGUUCGAGUUGGUGGUUGAUCCACCGCGCUACAUACGCGAUCUCAGCUCAUGCGAGCAGGCCACUGUCAGAGCCAGGUAUACCUUUGGGAAACCAGUGAUGGGGAAGUUGACUGUGAACAUGACAGUGAAUGGAGUCGGCUACUACCGUCAUGAGAUGGGCCAUCCUGUCAUCAAAACUAUGGAGAUUAAAGGCUCUGCAAAUUUCAGUCUGUGUGUGAAGGACAUGAUGCCUUUGGAUGUUGCGGAUCACUUCAGGGGGACAAUUAGCAUUUGGGCAUCGGUGACCAGCGUAGACGGAAGCAGGCAAACCACAUUUGAUGAUUCCACGCCGGUCCAUAAACAGCUCAUUGACAUCAAGUACUCCAAAGACACGCGCAAACAGUUCAAGCCUGGUCUGCCUUACAAAGGGAAGAUUGAGGUCACCUAUCCGGAUGGGAGCCCAGCUGAUGGGGUGAGGGUGCGUGUCAAGGCGGAGCUGACCCCCAAGGACAAUGUGUACACCAGUGAACUGAUCUCAAAGGACGGCCAGGCUACCUUCGAGAUCCCCUCAAUCCCUACUGCUGCCCAGUAUGUCUGGCUUGAGACCAAAGUGACAUCUAUUGACGGCAAGACAGUGGGAGACCAGUACUUGCCCAGCUACCUGUCAAUCAGUAGUUGGUACUCUCCUAGUAGGUGUCACAUCCAGAUCCAGAGCCCCAGCACCCCGCUCAAGGUUGGCCAAGAGGCAGAGGUGGCUCUUAAAUCCACAUGUCCCUGUAACUUCACUCUGCACUAUGAGGUGGCAUCCAGGGGGAACAUCGUCCUAUCGGGCCAGCAGUCAGCCAACCUGACAGCCUCACACAGAGGGAAACGGGCUACAGUCACCUUUGACAAGAACAUCCACACCACCCACCAGCCUCCCUCUGCUUCUGAUGCCGCCGGCUCGUCCUCCCAGGCCGAGAUGGACAGCUGUGUGUCUUAUCUACGCUUCCCUGUAAGUCACAGCAUGGCACCCCUCAGCCGUCUGCUCGUCUACUAUGUGAGGGAAAACGGCGAAGGCGUCACAGACAGCCUGCAAAUCCCUGUCCAGCCCGAGUUUGAGAACAAGGUAUCAGUUUCUCUGUCAACUAACGAGUCCAUGCCAGGGGACCCAGUUACUCUGAAUGUUCGGGGUGAGAGAGGCUCCUGUGUUUGUGUGGCCACUGUGGAUAAGAGCCUGUACCUGUUAAAGCCUGACUUCCAGCUGAGCUCUGACAAGGUGUUUAAGGAUCUGUCAGAUUUUGACGUCUCGGACGCCUUCGGCAUUCCUAAAGAUGAUGGACACUUCUGGUGGCCUGGGCUGUCGUCAAGGAGACGGAGGCGUUCCUCUGUGUUUCCGUGGCACUGGGACAUCACUAAGGAUGCACGCUUCGCAUUCACAGAAACAGGGCUAGUUGUAAUGACAGAUAUGGUGAGUUUGAACCACCGACAGAGCGGAGGCAUGUACACAGACGAGGCCGUUCCUGCUUUUCAGCCGCACAGCUCCACCUUAGUGGCUGCCAUGCACUCCCGUCCCACAACAAGAGCAGAGAAGCGGAGGCGCACAUUUUUCCCAGAGACCUGGGUGUGGCACUGCCUCAACGUCAGCUCUGAAACUGGUGAAGCUGAGCUGCAGCUGGAUGUGCCGGAUUCAAUCACCACAUGGGUGGCGGAGGCUGUUGGCCUGUCUGAAGAGAAGGGGCUGGGUUUGGCGAAGAGAGCGGAGCUUCGUACCUUCAAGCACUUCUUUGUGGACUUUACGCUGCCCUACAGCUUAAUCAGAGGGGAGCAGACCAAAGUUCCCCUCACUGUCUACAACUACCUGCCUACCUGUACUGAGGUUCAUGUAAAAGUGUCAGUUCCAAAGGGGGUCAAGUUUGUGGGCCAUCCUGGAAAGCACCACCUUACCAGAAAGAAGUGUGUUGCUCCUGGAGAGGCUACCCCUACAUCCAUUGUGCUGUCUUUCACUGAACUAGGAUCUGUUAACAUCACAGCUCGUGCCAUUGCCUACAGUGAACCAAGCUGUUGUUCAGAUGGAUUCUCGACAGCCAAGAUGGGGAAUGAUGUGGAGGAAAGAAGGAUCCCUACUGGUCUGGACUACGUCCGCAGGACCGUCUUGGUCGAGCCAGAAGGCCUUCCCAGAGAGUACACCUACAGCGUCUUCUUCUGCCCCAAUGAGAGGAUCCACAUUUCUACCCCUAACAAAUAUGAGUAUCAGUACGUGAAAAAGCCAGCCCGGAUGAGCCAGUUCCAGGUGUCAGUGAAGACCCACAACGAUGCCCAUUUUGCCCUUUCUGCAAGUCCCCAUGACACUGCAGAGAUGCUAGAGAUCAUUCUCGGGGGUAGGCAGAACACGCGUUCCUGGAUUUCCCUUGGCAAAAUGGGUGACCCCCUUGUCAGCGUCCCUACCCCAGGGAUCCUGUCAUGGGAUGAGUUCCGCAGCUUCUGGAUCAGUUGGAAAGGAGGCGUGGUGCAGGUGGGACAUGGUUUGCAUCCAUCCAAUGAAUCAGUGAUUCUCCAGUGGGCAGGCCAAUUCUCAGGACAGGUGCGACACAUAGGUUUCUCAACAGGCUGGGGCUCAGUUGGGGAGUUCAAGAUCUGGAGGAAGGAAGAUUCUGAUGACAACCACAACGAGGCCUUCACACUGGGGGUCCCGCACAACAUGGUGCCUGGAUCAGAAAGGGCCACUGCAUUUAUGAUUGGGGAUGUCAUGGGGCCAACUCUUAACAACCUGGACAAACUGUUGAGGCUGCCCUUUGGGUGUGGUGAACAGAACAUGAUCCACUUUGCUCCCAACGUCUUUGUUCUGAAGUACCUGCAGAAGACCAGGCAGCUUAGCCCUGAAGUUGAGAAUGAAGCUACGGACUACCUGCUUCAAGGCUACCAGAGGCAACUGACUUACAAACGGCAGGAUGGAUCCUACAGUGCCUUCGGAGAAAGGGAUUCCUCUGGCAGUAUGUGGUUGACAGCCUUUGUGCUCAAGUCCUUUGCUCAGUCUCGGGGUUUCAUCUUCAUUGACCCCGAGGAGCUUAGUGCAGCCAAGUCUUGGCUCAUCAAACAUCAGCGAGAUGAUGGAUCCUUUCCCGCCAUGGGACGUAUCCUCAACAAAGACCUGCAGGGAGGGAUCCAUGGGAAGAUCUCGCUCACAGCUUAUGUGGUGGCAGCUCUCUUGGAGACAGGGAUAACCACAGAGGAAGAGAAGGUGGCAGUGGCCAAAGCCAAGGACUUCCUGGAGAGCAACACGUAUUCUGCAGAUGACCCCUACACCACUGCUCUCUCUGCAUACGCCUUGGCUCUGCUCCGCAGCCCUUAUGCACCACUGGCCUUGCGCCGCCUCAACCACAUGGCUAUCACACAAGAUGGACUCACCCACUGGAGUCUGACUGGAAGCACCAUGACAGACGAAGACACCUUCAUGGGUUUCAGCGAUGGCCUCUCUCAGUCAGUGGUGUCAGCAGAGGUGGAGAUGACAGCCUACGGUCUUCUGACCUACACCCUUCUGGGGGACGUGGCCUCUGCCCUGCCUGUGGUCAAAUGGCUUUCCCAACAACGGAAUGCUUUGGGUGGCUUCUCUUCCACACAGGAUACGUGUGUGGCUCUGCAUGCCCUUUCAGAGUACGCCAUCCUGUCCUAUGUAGGAGGAGUAAACCUCACCAUCUCAUUGGCCUCCACCAACCUGGACUUCCAGGAGACCUUUGAACUCAACAGGGACAAUAAGAAACUCCUGCAGAGCGCCAAGAUCCCCAGUAUCCCCACUGGCCUUUUUGUUAGUGCUAAAGGAGAAGGCUGCUGUCUCAUGCAGAUUGAUGUGUCUUAUAACGUACCUGACCCAGUGUCCAAGCCAGCCUUCCAGCUCAAGGUGGAUCUGAAAGAGCCUUUCCAGGAGCGACACCCGCAGCCGUCCUCCUCUUCCCGUCACUCUACCUCACGCUCCCGUAGCCGGGCCGACAACCGCUCUGAGCUUAACCGGAAGCGGAGGGCACCCAUUGAUGACGACGACCCGGCAGCCCACCAGGACAAGAUGGACGUCCACGUCUCCUUAGAAGUUUGUGCCAGGUGGCUCCACUCAGGAUCAUCCAACAUGGCUGUCAUAGAAGUUCCCAUGAUUUCUGGUUUCCGAGCAGACGUUGAAAGUCUAGAGAGGCUGCUGAUGGACAAGAGAGUGGGUCUGAAAAGAUAUGAGGUGAACGGCAGGAAAGUGUUGUUCUACUUUGAUGAGAUUCCCAGCCAGUGUAUGACAUGUGUGGCCUUCCAAGCUGUCAGGGAAUACAUUGUGGGCAAGACAGCGCCUGUUCCGGUUAAGAUCUAUGACUACUACGAACCAGCUUUUGAGGCCACCCGCUUCUACAACGUUAGUGAGAGCAGUCCACUUGCACGGGAACUGUGUGACGGACCUACUUGCAAUGAGGUGGAAAGUUCAACCAAUCAGUGGAUAGGUUUUGUGCAGCCGAACCAGUGCAACAAUGUCUUUGGCUGUCUGGAGGAGGAGCAGUUUGAACGCUGCAUGUGCUACAGGGACUGCGGCUACGACGGGGAGCCUGUCUGUGGGUCUGACGGGCAGUUCUACCAGAACCAGUGUCAGAUGGAGGUCUUUGCUUGUCGAAACGGGACACGCAUCAAGCAGGUUCCACUGUCCCAGUGCCCACAAAUGGGGACCACGGAGGACAAGCGACCAAUAGUUAACCAGGAAACCGAGCAACCCUCAGUGCCUGUUCACACAGGUGAAGAGGAGCAGGGCUCCAUGGCGGAGGUGUCUUACUACUCCUAUGAAUAUGACCCAGAUGCCGAUCCUUUCCUGGCUGAUGCAGAAGGAGGGGACCGUUUUGACCUCCCCGGAGGUGGGGGGAGUGUAGAGCACAAGGUGCUCCCACCAGUAGAAACCCAAGUACCCACGCUGGACACAAAAACUACCCCUGAGCGAUGAAACGCUCUCACAGAGAAGCCAUGCCCUCCUCCAAAUUGUACAUUAUUUGUGAAUAUGCUAGUGAAUGGAAAGAGAAGAGAGACUUGGAAUUGAGCUCAGCCUGAAAGGAAGAGUCGGUGGGGUCUGGAUGAACGAGUGCGUGCCUUUGUGUGACUCUGUGUUAUUAGGUUUUAGACUGACAUGAAUGGAACGGAUGUGUUGUAUGUUUGCGUGCGGCCGGAUGCGACUGUGUGUGAUUGUUUUUAAGCUAGUUCCCUCCAGACUUUGGUUUUUCUUCCCCUAGACUCCUAGUCAGCUAUAAGCACCAUACCGUCUUUUUUAUUCACUGUACUGCCUUUAUAAUCACUAGAAGAAAUAAUCAAGUAUUUAUGUUUGUAAUUACACCUGACGUUAAGCAAAAUAUUUUGUUAUAUUUUCUAUCUGUGGUAUUUAUUUGUAGCUAGAGGUCAUAUCAUUUUUAUUUUUUAAGUCAUCGCCCGCCCUUACAGUCUACUUCUUUUUUUCUCUCAUAGCAAGCUUUAACCCGAUUAUUGAAAUGAAAUGUUUGAUGAAAUUCCAUUACUGGUAUCAUGCUGGAAGAAAAAGACACAUGCGAAACACAUGCUUUACAGAAACAUAAGCUGAAAUGUUUUUCAUUUUAAGUUUUUUUUUUUUGUCUAUAUUAAAGAGUAGAGAUUGACAGGAAACAUGAGGAGGGUGAGGGGGCCUCUGGCCGACUCAGACUGAGGACUUUACAGUUCCAGGAAGUGUGCCUUUCAACCACUGGCCCACCUGAACGCCCCAGAUCAAAUGUUUCUGAAACUAUUCCGCCGAGAUGCCAGCAUCGCCCACCGUUCACCUUACCUACCUUACCUUGAGAUUUGAUUGUACAGUUCAUAAGCUAUUUUGUUUUUGUUAAAUUUUAAUUUGUGAAGCAAUCAAGUUAACAAAAAGAAAAAAAAAAAAGAAUGAAGUUUUGAAUUUCUGUAAAUGUACCAAAUUGGAUUAAAUGUAACCCAGACUCAUUUCAAAUAUUGUGGCUUUCAAGAUGAACGAGAAUAAAAUUUAUAUACAACCCAGA